GCCGCCCGGGGCGCCGGGGCCAGGCCGACGUCUGCCCGGGGCCGGAGAGCGCGCAGCUCGGGCUCCGCCUCCGCGAGACCCUGAGCCCCGGGAGCCGGGGGUUUCGGUCGCGCUUGAAACUUUAGAGCUCGGGAACCGGAAAGGCGAGGUUGCUGAAAGCCUAGGCACGCCGCGCUCCUCAAGCGAGCUGCCCGGAAGGGGCGCGGGAGCGGGGCUCCCCGGCCGCUCGCUCCUCACCUCCCCGGACGUCCAGGGUCUUCCUCGCCCCCCACCCCCUCCCCGCCUCGCCCCGAGGGCGUCACGUGGCGGCGUGGGGCCCGCCCCCGGUGACGUCACCGCGCUCGCAGCCGUCGCGCCGAAGAAAGGAUGCUCUAGGAUGCCGUGCAGGUGGGCGGCGGGGAUGCGCCAUGCGGCACUGCAGGCUUUCUCUCCCAGGUGUAACUAGUAUGGUCAAUGCAGGAGCGAUGAGUGGCUCUGGAAACCUGAUGGAUUUCCUCGAUGAGCCAUUCCCUGAUGUGGGGACAUAUGAAGACUUCCACACCAUCGACUGGCUACGGGAAAAGUCACGGGACACCGACAGACACAGGAAGAUAACCAGCAAAAGCAAGGAGUCCAUAUGGGAGUUCAUCAAGAGUUUGCUGGAUGCGUGGUCAGGAUGGGUGGUGAUGCUGCUCAUCGGCCUGCUGGCGGGCACCUUGGCUGGGGUCAUUGAUCUCGCCGUCGACUGGAUGACCGAUUUGAAGGAGGGGGUCUGCUUGUCUGCCUUCUGGUACAGCCACGAGCAGUGCUGCUGGACUUCCAACGAGACCACUUUUGAGGACAGGGACAAGUGUCCCCUGUGGCAGAAAUGGUCGGAGCUGCUGGUGAAUCAGUCGGAGGGGGCCAGCGCGUACAUCCUGAACUACCUGAUGUACAUCCUGUGGGCCUUGCUGUUUGCGUUCCUGGCCGUCUCCCUGGUGCGCGUGUUCGCGCCCUACGCCUGCGGCUCGGGUAUCCCGGAGAUAAAGACCAUUUUGAGCGGCUUCAUCAUCAGGGGCUACUUGGGGAAGUGGACCCUGCUGAUCAAGACCGUCACCCUGGUGCUGGUGGUGUCCUCAGGCCUGAGCCUUGGGAAGGAAGGGCCGCUGGUGCACGUGGCUUGCUGCUGUGGCAACUUCUUCAGCAGCCUUUUCUCCAAGUACAGCAAGAACGAGGGCAAGAGGCGUGAGGUGCUCUCCGCCGCGGCCGCUGCUGGAGUCUCUGUUGCCUUUGGGGCUCCGAUCGGGGGUGUGCUCUUCAGUCUUGAGGAGGUCAGUUACUACUUUCCCUUGAAGACCUUGUGGAGGUCCUUUUUCGCGGCCCUGGUGGCAGCCUUCACGCUUCGAUCCAUCAAUCCCUUUGGGAACAGCCGUCUUGUUCUCUUUUACGUGGAAUAUCACACGCCCUGGUAUAUGGCCGAGCUCUUCCCCUUCAUCCUGCUUGGGGUCUUUGGAGGCUUGUGGGGAACCCUCUUCAUCCGCUGCAACAUCGCCUGGUGCAGGAGGCGCAAAACCACCAAGCUGGGGAAGUACCCGGUGCUGGAGGUCAUCGUGGUGACCGCCAUCACUGCCAUCAUCGCCUACCCCAAUCCCUACACACGCCGGAGCACGAGCGAGCUCAUUUCCGAGCUGUUCAAUGACUGCGGGGCCCUCGAGUCCUCGCAGCUGUGUGACUACAUCAAUGACCCCAACAUGACACGGCCAGUGGACGACAUCCCCGACCGGCCGGCCGGCGUCGGGGUUUACACAGCCAUGUGGCAGCUGGCCCUGGCGCUGAUCUUCAAAAUCGUCAUCACCAUCUUUACCUUUGGCAUGAAGAUCCCCUCGGGCCUCUUCAUCCCCAGCAUGGCCGUGGGAGCGAUGGCAGGCCGGAUGGUGGGAAUCGGCGUGGAGCAGCUGGCUUACCAUCACCACGACUGGAUCGUCUUCAGGAACUGGUGCAGGCCCGGAGCGGACUGUGUCACCCCUGGACUUUAUGCAAUGGUGGGAGCCGCGGCCUGCCUAGGUGGAGUUACCCGGAUGACUGUGUCAUUGGUGGUCAUCAUGUUUGAGUUGACGGGAGGUCUCGAGUACAUUGUGCCCUUGAUGGCGGCAGCCGUGACCAGCAAGUGGGUGGCCGAUGCCUUCGGGAAAGAAGGCAUCUACGAGGCUCAUAUCCACUUAAACGGGUACCCAUUUCUGGACGUGAAGGACGAGUUCACCCACCGCACGCUGGCCACUGACGUCAUGCGGCCACGGCGGGGAGAGCCCCCGCUGUCCGUGCUCACCCAGGACAGCAUGACCGUGGAGGACGUGGAGACGCUCAUCAAGGAGACCGACUACAACGGCUUCCCGGUGGUGGUCUCCAGGGACUCCGAGCGCCUCAUUGGAUUUGCCCAGAGGAGGGAACUGAUUCUUGCCAUAAAGAAUGCCAGACAGAGGCAGGAGGGCAUCGUGAGCAAUUCGAUCAUGUACUUCACGGAGGAGCCCCCUGAGCUGCCGGCCAACAGCCCGCACCCCCUGAAGCUGCGGCGUGUCCUCAACCUCAGCCCGUUCACGGUCACGGACCACACCCCCAUGGAGACGGUGGUGGACAUCUUCCGGAAGCUGGGGCUCCGGCAGUGCCUGGUGACGCGGAGUGGGAGACUUCUUGGCAUCAUCACGAAAAAGGAUGUUUUGAGACAUAUGGCCCAGAUGGCAAACCAGGACCCUGAAUCCAUCAUGUUUAAUUAGAAACAAGGUGGCAUUUAUUUUGAGAAAAACACAACUGUGUCAUUUUAAAAGAAAUAAACAAGUGAUAUGUUAUUAUCCUAAUGAACGAUUAUGCACUGGGGGCAGUGGAAACAAAAGCUUUGUUUGAAAGGAAGGAUGAAGCCUUUUUUAAAAAAAGACAUCAACGAGUAGGCAUUUUAUAGCUUUAACCCCUUCGGAGUUUCCAGCUGUGUUUCUUAAUGAGUUUAUUAACUGCCAUGGGGGCAUGUGGGUGGGUGCAAACGAUGUGGUUUGUCCAAGGACAUGGAACACAGAUGCUGAGUCCAGAAGGUUUGCCCCUUCUGUUUAAGGCUGAUGUUUGUGAAGUUUUGAGUCCAAAAGGCAAAGGAGCACUGACCUGUCAGCAUCCUUUAUUUAUUGGUUUCUGAUGUUUUGCUGCUAUUUUACCGAAUCAGACUAAAGAUAUUUGCACUUACUUUGUUGGAAAAGAAAAAGAAAUUAAAUUGGAACAUAGUGAAAGCUGAAAGGGUGCCAGUGGGUUCACUCAUGACCAUCCCCUUUCUUGCUCCUGUUCCAAGCCUAGUGUUUUGCUUAUCCAUCAGUUUCCAGAUCAGCAUCGAGGUUUCCUGCAGUGAUGAGUAUGAAGAAUUCUUUCUCUCUGCAAGCCCAGCAUCCUGGGACUGCAUAACGAACUACUGGGGUGUUUAGUGCUGCACGUAUUUCCUCUCGUACAAAGGGAUUCAUCCUGAUUUUGAGGGUAUACGCACCUGCUCGUUGUUUUGCAAAUGUGUUGCAUGUGCUCCACCUGUUUAUUGCUGUUGCCUGUGCAUUCUGAAUUAUUGAUCAGUCCAGCACUUUCCAUGGGCCACAUCCUCUAUGUUGCCAGCUUGCCAUAAGUGUGCUUUAAUUUCCAAAUAGCGUACGUGAGAGUCAAAACAGGCUACCCAGUGUUACUACUUAUUUUUCCUCUCAGAUCUUAUUAGCUAUGGCUGCAGAGAGGGGGAGGCAUACGAAGUCUCAGUGGGAACUCCUCCGAAUGGAUUGCAAGAGAAAUACUAAAUUGAUUCUAAAUCUGUUCCAUUAUCUUCUCCAUAGGAUGCAAAACGUCCGGCUUUAAUGUCUAAGCGGGCACUCGCAUACUCGUAGGCAAAGCACAGAGUUAAAUUGUAGACACCAGUUUGAGCACCGGGCAUCUUUGUACUGAUGGUGCAUUUAUCUUUUGAGUCAGGACUUCGGUCUCUUCUGUGAGAAGGCACGGAGCUGUAGGUUAGUCCGCUGUGUGAUCCGUGUGAGUACGAUUGCUCCCACUUGCCUCUCACGUCAGCCUUUGCUCUUCCCAGCUCACCAAGUGGCCCUCACCCUUUGUAACCUCGUUAUUGGAUAUUGACCUACCAGGUGUGCAUUUGGCUGCAAGUAAUAGAAAAAUCCAACAAACGGUGGAGAGCUGAAUGAGAAACCUGGGGUCGGACACUCUCGACUGCCCCUGUGUUAUCAUCGAGCAUUCGUGCCCUUUGGCACUGUUUUCUACCAUCCUUAGGCCUCCGGCUUCCUGCCUUGUAGCCACAGGUGGCUGCUGCGCUGCCAGGCAGGAUAUCUGCUUUCCAGACACGGAGGGGGACGAAGAGGCCACGAAACAAGGUGCAGUGUCUGUGUGAGGAAAGCAAGACUUGCCCAGAGAUGCUCAGCUCACGUCCGUUGGCUAGAAUUCUGUUGCAUGACUCCCCCAGCCGCAUGUGAGUGUGCGAAGGGAAGUCUUUAGCUAGGCAUAUUGCUCUCUGAAUGAAAUUGAGAUUCUCUUAAUAAGGAAGGGGGCUUGGUCCUUGGGAGGGAAUACUGUCUGCCCGAUUGGAUGCCAUCGUCGUGUCCCUGUCGUUGCCCUUCCUGUUCUCCUUACCUUCUUUCUUGCCGGACCCACUAGAUCCUCUCUUCUCACCUUAUAGUUUCCCACCCCUUCUGUCAGAUUCGACAUAGAACUGCCAGUCAGAAGCCAUCCUUUCUUAGCCCUAAUGAAAACGUUCGUUUUGGAUAAAAACCUAGAAACUUCUAGUCGGUAUCAGAAAAUGUACCGAUACGUUCUUUGGGUUAAAAAAGUUAAGUCGGAGCAUGCUGAUAAACUAUGGAAGAUUUCUUUCUGUGAUCAGUUGGCCUCCAAAAUCAUAUCAAAGAGCCUCUUCAGCGUGGAAAUACCAGUCAGUGGUAGAGAAUUCGAUCUCCCUGCCUCCUUCGCGGCACAGAAGUAUCGAGUAACAGAUCCUAUUAUUAGUGUUGUGACUGAGGUUUCUAUGGCACAUCCGCAAGUGAAGCUGGAUUCUUCUGGACUUUAAAUCCUAAAAGGUCUUAAAGAUCACUUCAUGUGGUUCCCUCUUACUCCCACGUGGCCUCCCACAAAAGUAUUCGUCAUAGCCUGGAUUUAUAUAAUCCAGGACACGCUUUCAGCUGAAAUCAGGAGCUUCAGGAGGGAACACGAAACAGUGAACAGAUAGCCAAAGGUCAGUGAAACCACAGACCUCGGCCUCCAGCCGAGGCCAUGGAGGGAUGUGAAGGGAUAGCUUACUCCAGACCAAGGUCACCGAGGGGUGUCGUGUUGUGUCCUUUUCCCCAGUGCUUAGCAUAGAGGGCUAUUUGUGGAGGAGCCCUCCACAAAUUCAUGGGAAACCAUUGGGAGUUGUUCCUUGACUCAGACAACCCUGUUUUCUUUCAUAAGCUGGGCCUCUAAUUUGUUGUGGGGUUCAGGCUCUUGGCAACAGAAGGCCAGGGUCAGACAGGUGGGUAAAGGUCGGGGAUGGGGAGGUUUGCAAGCGGGGCUCCUGGGGUUGCUUGCCUUCCUCCUCUGGACUGGCUCCCCUCUGCGGUCCACUUGCCCACCGGCCUGGGGUCUCAGACAAGCUGGAUGGGGAGCGGGCUCCCCGCACGCUUUGUCCCUCUUCCUGGUAAAAGCACGUGGGUAGGCAUUCUGCAGCUCUUUGCUGCAUCCCGAUGUAGUUCAUCCACUUUACCAGGUGAUCUGAUGAGCUAGAGGACUAGAACUGGGAUGUGGAAGUAAAAGAAACAUUUCUCAGAAUAAUGUGUGUGUAUCUUUUUCCAGAACCAAAGCCCUUAGACUUUUUGUAGAGCUUUCUGGAUUCUUUCUGAAUCGGUGUUUUGUGUAAAUAAACAUAAACGCAGAAUGGAAAAGGAGUUCUCUAACAGGGCACAUCACCCUAUUUCUUGUUCUCCCGCUCUGCUUCGAAGGAAAUCUGUCGUAGAAGGACAGACACCAAAUAAAGAGUAACCCGAAAGGGACAUGCGAAUUUCUUGCGUUUUCAGUGCAUUCCCUGGGAAUGCAGAUGUGCGCAUGGCAUUAAGAGAAAGGUUAAAUGUGUUAGAAGCAAAUCAAUAUUCAGUGUUUGCUGUUUCACAACCAGGCAGUCUCUGAUUGCUCUGUUUAGUGCUUCCCAAAGACCUGACCGAGGGGAAGACCUCUCAGUAGAUGUAUUUUUGGCCCUAGGAAGUCACAGAAACUGAAAAAUUGGUUUCACUUAGGCGAGAACUGGUUACUUUAAAUUAUCAACAUGCGCAAAUCUGCUCGGUACUCCUUAUCAGAUGGAGAGCUGGAAAAGAUGAGAAACGCGAGGAGCAGCGCUGUCGAGUUACAUAAUUGUAAUAGUAUGCCUUCAUUUUAAUUUCAUGUGGGCAGUGUUUUAUCACACUCCACUUGGAGCCUUUGAAAUGAUUUACAUGAAGGGGGGGAGCAUGUAUAUCUAACCUGGGAACAUUAACCAGACUCCGUUUUCACCGACGCAGUAAUAACUAUUUAUUUGCCGUCCUAGGUGUGCUGGGAAUGAGCCUGCGUGUGACUUUUAUGAGAUCUAUUCGCAUUUGGUGUUGGAACAACCACAUAGCAAUGUGGUUGUUUUUUUUUUUUUAAUUGUAACCCUCUGUGUAAACGUUGGCACCUUAUUAAAAAUUAAAUGUUUGAACUUUACUUUUAAAAAUAAAACAAGCACAGUCCUCAAGAA